UCACAUGCCUCUGAUACUGUCGAUGUGCCGCGGUGUUACCAUUAUCUUGCACAUGAACUUAGCUAUAGUUAUCGUAUAUUAAGAGUUAACUUCCCUAGUUCAGCAAUGGUCAUAUGUCUAUUCUUACUUCGCCUAUGUAGUCUAGUUCUCCCAAUCGACUGACAAAAUGAUCAGCGAAGUUCUCCCCUAUCUCACACCUGCUUUUGUUGCGGCGUGGGGAUUUAUACUCUUCAUAGUGGUCCAAGCCUUCAUCCGUAUCCGUUAUGCCCUCCGUGUUCGUGCAGCAGGCGGUGUCCACGCCCCAGCCCUCGGGAGCAAUCCCGUCGGUGCGUUCGGAUAUCUCUUCAAAAUCGGAAUGGCACAAGCUCAGAAUCGGAUCCCCCAGUUUUCGAUGGACAUAUUCGCUACGAAGACCAACCCGGAAAACCCUGGCAUAAUAGAGAUCAACGUCACCGGAGGCCAGCGGUUCAUGUUCUCCCAGGAGCCCGAGCAUAUAAAAACGGUGCUGACUGGGAAGUUCGCGGAAUAUGGAAAGGGCGAGGAGUUCCAUCACGUUUGGCAACCGUUCUUGGGAGACUCGAUCUUCACUACCGAUCAUCAGAAAUGGCAGGACAGCCGCAAUCUAAUCCGGCCAAUGUUUAUGAAGAACCGCGUUAGCGACUUGCACACCUUCGAACGGUGGACGGCCGUCAUGAUGAACCAGUUCCCGGCGCCCGGUCAAACAUUCGACAUCCAGGACCUGUUCUACCGGAUGACGAUCGACGUCAUCACAGACUUCCUGUUAGGCGAGAGUGUAAACAGUCUCGAGAACCCUCGGAGCGAGUUCGUGCAGGCGUUCACUGACGUCCAGCGGAUGCAGACUAUGCUGACCGUCCUGAUGCCGAUUGAAAAGCUCGUGCCCAGAGGCAAGUACAAGCGCGGGAUCAAAGUCAUGGAAGAUUUUAUCGUGCCCUUCAUUGAUAAGGCACUCACACUCAGUGACGAUGAGCUACACAAGAUCUCCAAGUCGGACAAAUCGUUUACGUUCUUGCAUGCUUUGGCCAAUUAUACUCGCGACCCCAAGGUGAUUCGAGACCAGAUCAUCGCCGUGCUCCUUGCCGGUCGUGACACAACGGCAGCGACAUUGUCGUGGUGCUUCCAUGAACUCCGUCACUACCCUCAGGUCUACGCGAAGCUCCGCGCGGACGUUGUGUCUGUCGUGGGCACAACCAGAGCGCCUACGUAUGAGGACCUUAAGAACAUGAAGUACCUGACUCACACGAUCAACGAGACCUUGCGCCUCUACCCAGCCGUACCGUUCAACAUCCGCUUCGCCCUCACCAACACCAGUCUCCCAUCCGCCAACCCCAACCACCCUGACAUCACCGUCCUCGCCGGCGAUGCCGUCUUCUACUCCACUCUCCAAAUGCAACGCCGCCCAGAUCUUUACCCAGCCCCAUCGCCGACGUUCGCGCCUGCCGAUAUCUUCUCGCCGGACCGAUGGGACCACUGGCAGCCCCGACCGUGGCAAUACGUUCCGUUCAACGGCGGGCCGCGCAUCUGCGUGGGGCAGAACUUCGCGCUGACGGAGAUGGCAUAUGUGAUGGUAAGGCUGGUGCAGAGGUAUGAGAGGUUGGAGGGGAGGGAUGAUUGGGAUAGUCAGUAUCAUAAGGUGGAAAUCGUGGGGACGCCAGGGCGAGGCGUGAAGAUUGCUAUGUUUGAGCCGACGGAUGAGAAGGUGGAAGUAUGAAGUGACAGAGCAUUGGAAGUGAUUAAUCUUGACGACUCCCAUUUUGAAUUAAUCUGAGUAUCGUACAUCAGACCGCAAUAUGAAGCAAAUGACACCAGUUCUCGAGUAUGCGAAUGGAAAACUUCUCGUUCUGUAUAAUUACACGACGAUUUGUAACAGCGUGACCAGCUGACAUUUGCUUAUUCAGACCAACAGGCUAUGCAAAAGAAUUCAUGAAAGAACCCAUGAAAGAUACUAAGCGACA